AUCCGUCCGAGCUAAAGCAAAGUGGAACAUACAUAUUACUCCUUAUCCAAGAUAUGUUGGCGUUGAAAGUGGGCGGAAUCGGCCAAUAACCAGAUUUCUAUAAAAUAACAUUGCGGCAAUCUUCGCAAUCAAAAUGAUAUGUUGCUCCCGGAUGAGACUUAUGACGAACACGGCAUACAUGAGACUGCACCCAUAGUCGAACAACAACCACUAGAUAAGUGUGCAACAGUUAUCAACAACACCAACAAAAGUAAAUGUGCCAAAACCAAAGUUAAACUUCCGCACAAUCCACAGCAACGCAAUGGCUCACAUUCGGGGAGUGCAGGUGCAACCAGCGGUAGUGGCAGUGGCAGUGCCGAGGGUAGUAGCGAUGACAGAAUCAGCGGCAAUGGCAUCGUAUCAUUUCCAUAUUCCACAUCGAGUUUCUUCACCAAUAUUCUUGACACCUUGGGUGACAUACUGCCGCAGUGCGAAGAAUUCACACAACAACCUCAGGCGGGUCAAAGCGAUGGCGAAGCGGCUGAUAGUCCCAGUCUCAGUCUCAGCAGCAGCGACAGCGCGAAUGGUGGCGAUUAUGGCAUUCGUGUACGAUUGACGGCGAACCCGGACAUGCUGCGCGUUGUUUGCGAUAAUUUCCUGCGUCGGCAUCGCAUACGUCCGGACUUUUUCUGCCAGUAUCAGCAAGCGAUCAGCACUGCUGCAUUAUUGCAGCAACCCAAGCCAAAGAAUGCAAAAACAGCGACUGUAGCAUGCCACCAGCAACCCGUCACUGUAGCUGCUGAACAGUCUGUAGCUGCAACGAAGGCCGUAAAGGUGACAAUAACAGCCGACGAUGAGACGGAGCUGGAGCAGCAACAGCAGCAGCAGCAGCAGCGAAAAAAUGCAGAAUUGCGAAACCUUUAUACAUUACCGCUGGUAAAGCACAAGAAAGCAUGCAAUGUCACAACACCAACAACAACAAAGGUUUUGUCUAAUGUUGCUGCCACAGACGCAUCCUCGUCCAAUGAAGCCGUGCACUUGCAACAGCGUCUCAAAAGUCUUAGCACUGAAUUAGUCACCCUGCGCAAUCGUCUGCAUGUUGGUCAGGGACAACAAAGCACUAACAGUAAUAAUAGCAACAGCAAUAGCAAUAAUAAUAGCAACACCACUUGCAAUGUGACAUCGGUGAGUACUGCACAGCAGCGCCAGCAACAGCAACAACAACACGGCACCAACACAGCUGCACUAACAGCCAUCAAUUUGAAUGCCUCCACACCGAAUUUACACAGCAGCACGCAACACCAUAGUCAUAGCAACACUACAACAACAGCAACUGGCAACAUUACGAACACAUUGCAACAACAACAACAACAACAACAUCAGCAGCAACAGCAGUUACAAUUAUCACACUCAACAUUGAUUCCCACACUCGGCAGCAACGCCAUCAACAAAGGCAAUACCGGUAAUAGUAAUGGCAGCAACAACAACAACAACAACACCAGCAACAGCAGCAGCAGCAAUCACAACAACAAUGCAGCCUUGACAUCAUGUUAUAACGCUAACAACAGCAAUCACACAUUUACGCACAUCAAUAACAGCUCCAAGUCACAUUUGCACACCUACAGCCAUACAUUGCCGCACAAUUCAACCAUAUCCGCUGCCAGCGCUGCCACUUUGCCAACCGGCGCUGCGGCUGGCAUCGUUUCCACACGCAACACUUCCAUACCACACCCAUUACCGUCGUCUAUACAACACCAGCACCAACAACAGCACCAGCACCAACAGCAACAACACCAUCAGCAGCAACAACAGCAACAACAACAUUCCUCGCACACGCUUCCAAUGCGCUCCGCUGGUGUUGGCUCGCAUGUCCAACACUUAAGCCAUAACUUGCCGCCCUUCGUACCGAUCGCACCGAAGCAAUUGACCUCCAGCCAUGGCAGCGGUUACAGCAACACUGUCGCACCUUUCGGCUAUAACUGUACAAAUGUCGAACAGCGUAAUGCCAAUAAUCAUUUCUUGGGUGGUAUGCAAGCGCAUACCGGUAGUGGCGCCAAUAUCCACAGCAUCAGCAACAACAAUGCCACCCGUGCACACAAACAGCCCAGAGAGAUUGAGGAUUUGAUUCAUCUGCCUGGACCGUUGACCGAGGAUGCGGUGAUGCGCACGCUGCAGGCGCGCUUCAAAGACAACUGCUACUUUACAACCGUUGGCCCCAUAUUGCUGGCUAUCAAUCCCUACCGUGAUAUUGGCAAUCCUCUCACGUUGUCCUCCACACGUUCGUUGCCAUUAGCGCCUCAGCUGCAUCGCAUCGUACAGGAAGCUGUACGCCAACAAACGGAGACCGGCUAUCCGCAAGCUAUUAUACUCUCCGGCACCUCUGGCGCGGGUAAGACGCACUGCUCGAUGUUGUUGCUGCGUCAACUCUUUGCUGUGGCCGGUGGCGGCCCGGAAACGGAUGCUUUCAAGCAUUUAGCUGCGGCGUUCACGGUGCUACGUUCUUUGGGUUCCGCCAAAACGACCACUAAUCCGGAAUCGAGCCGUAUUGGCCAAUUCAUUGAGGUGCAGGUUACAGAUGGCGCGCUCUACCGCACCAAGAUUCAUUGUUAUUUUCUGGAUCAAACGCGCGUCAUACAUCCGCUGCCGAAGGAGAAGAACUAUCAUAUUUUCUAUCAAAUGCUGGCUGGUCUGAGCAGAGAGGAGCGUAUCAAAUUGAAUUUGGAAGGUUAUUCGCCAACGAAUUUGCGCUAUCUGCAAAGUGGUGACAUUGCGCAGAAUGAGCAGGAGGAUGCAACGCGCUUCCAGGCAUGGAAGACAUGUUUGGGUAUUCUGGGCAUACCGUUUUUGGAUGUGGUGCGUGUGCUGGCAGCCGUGCUGCUGCUGGGCAAUGUGCAAUUUAUAGAUGGGCAGAGCCUCGAAGUGGACGUAAAAGGCGAAUCAGAACUGAACUCCGUCGCAAGUCUCCUGGGCGUACCGCCGGCUGCGCUAUUCCGUGGCCUCACCACACGCACGCACAAUGCGCACGGCCAUUUGGUGAAAUCGGUCUGUGACGCCAAUAUGUCCAACAUGACACGCGACUGUCUGGCCAAAGCGUUGUACUGCCGCACCGUGGCCACCAUUGUACGCCGCGCCAAUAGCCUCAAACGCUUGGGCUCAACACUGGGCACACUUAGCUCCGAUUCGAAUGAGUCUGUACACAAUCAGGCGGACGUCGCAUCGCAACACGCCUCCACUAUAGGCGGAAACGCCGGUUCCAAAUCGAUGGCUGCACUAAAUAACGCGGUACGUCAUGCCACCGACGGUUUUAUUGGCAUAUUGGAUAUGUUUGGCUUUGAGGAGCCAUCACACGCACAACUCGAGCAUCUCUGCAUUAAUUUGUGCGCCGAAACGAUGCAACACUUCUACAAUACACACAUUUUCAAAUCCUCGGUGGAGUCGUGCCGUGAUGAGGGCAUUAUCUGCGACACCGAAGUCGACUAUGUGGACAAUGUGCCUUGCAUCGAUCUGAUAUCCUCGUUGCGCACUGGACUGCUUAGCAUGUUGGAUGCCGAAUGCUCGAUACGCGGCACAGCUGAAAGCUAUGUAACCAAGAUCAAAGUGCAGCAUCGCAACUCAACGCGUUUGGAGACCAAACACUCGAGCGAUCCAUACGAUCCGCGCAUGUUCUUGAUACGCCACUUUGCCGGACGUGUUGAAUAUGACACCACCGAUUUUCUAGACACCAAUCGUGAUGUGGUGCGUGACGAUUUGAUCGCCGUUUUCUAUAAGCAUACCUGCAACUUUGGCUUUGCCACACAUCUCUUCGGCACCGAGCUGAAAGCUUUGUACGCUUUACAAACUGUGCCGCGUGGUCUCAGCUAUCGCAUCUCGCCUACAUCACACACGGAUUUCUUGAAUGGCAUGGAUGAACCCAUCUCCACGCUCACACAAGACUUCCAUACACGUCUGGAUAAUCUGUUGCGCACUCUGGUGCAUGCACGUCCACACUUUGUACGCUGCAUACGCAGCAACGCCAACGAUACGGCUGGUAGCUUUGAACGAAAAAUGGUGGUUAAACAGAUACGCUCGCUACAGGUGCUAGAGACGGUCAAUCUGAUGGCUUCUGGUUUUCCGCAUCGCAUGCGCUUCAAGCAAUUCAAUGCGCGCUAUGUGGCCAUGUUGGCACCAUUUCGAAUGCACCGACGUAGCGAAGAUAAAGCAAUGGAGAAUUGCACUCACAUCUUGGAGUAUGCCAUGGAAAAUCCGCCUAUAUUGGACGGUUCGGUAACUUUGGCUUGGGCGCCUGGCAAGCGGCACGUGUUUAUUAGCGAGGGUAUGCGUCAGCAUUUGGAACACCUGCGUGCGGACAUACGCACAAAGAGUGCCACACUCAUACAGGCCACCUGGCGUGGCUGGCAGUGGCGCAAGAAGAUGGUGAGCGUGAAGCGCACGCGGGGCAGUAGUGGCAUUAUGACUAAGUUGCCAGCUGCAACUGCAACGAAACUCACGAAAUUGCUGCCCAACAGCGGCGCGAAUUCGCUGCCACGCUUAUCAGCUAAAUCCACAAAUCUCAUGGGCACCGUGACGCGUCCACGGCCACAACCAAUCGCCGGCACACCACCGCCAGAUCCAAAUGAGAAAUGUGACACAAAGAUAAUCCAGCAAACUUGUAGUCUAUUCGGAUUAGAUUUGGAACGUCCGCCACCAGUACCACCAUCGCGUGCCUACACCAUCGCUGGCAAUUUGAAGCUCAGCUAUCCGCAGAGUCGCAUCAUGAAAAUGACUUUUCCCGAGGAUCCACCCAUCGUUAAUCCGGCCGAACAAUUGCAACAACAAUUGAAAAAGGGUGAAGCCGUUAGCGUGGUGGGGGCUUCGACAUGUCGCGGACACUUGAUUGUCGAGCACAAAGGUCAGAGUUACCACGUACCGUUUCAGUAUAUGGAGUUGUUGCGUCCUGCUGCUGCUGCCGGCGUGAGCAAUAAUCCAAAUAAUGCUGCAAGUGUCAACAGCAACACCAAUAACAGCAACAACAUCGCUAAUAAGAACAGUAGCAGCAGUACAGGCAAUUUGGCCAACAAUUGCAACGGCAACAACAAUGUUGGUGUAAACAAUGGGAACAACGGCAGUACAAGCAACAACAAUGCCAAUAACACUUCGGCAGCUGUAAACAUUUGAGGAGAGCAGGCGGAGGGGGAGUGUGGAGAAUAACUUCGCUGCCUAAUUGAAGAGUGCGAGAGGUGUGCGCGACUGCAACCACAAAUACAAAUCACAACAGCUUCCGAUGCAGAAGAAUUUCGCUAUAUGCGCGAGCAAACAUUUCCGUUGGAAAACACUGGGGAAACGAUGUUGGGAUUUUGUUUCUUUUUCUCACAAAGACUGUAAAUAUUAACUGUUAUAAAUUCGACUAGCCGUGAACUUGCAUACGUAGGGACAGACAAAAACAAAGGGAGGGGUAACAAUAGCAUAACAAUAAAAUAAUAUAAUUGCUAAUAUAAAAAACGAAAACAAAAAAAUGGAAACAA